AUGGCUUCACUCCGUUGUUGCAAGUCACACAAGCUAAGCAAGAAGACUGUCACCAUGGUAACCCUGUUGGUUGCUGUUGUGAUCUACAUUGGUGCUAGUUUGGUGGAUGUGGACGGAUAUACAGGAAACAAGUUCUGGGCGUCCGUUACUCCUUGUUUCAGGUCCAAACAACAUACCGCUCGCUUGAUAGAACUCGCCCACAAGACACAUUUGGUCUUAGACAGUAUGGAAGUUGACCAUUGGUUGAUGUACGGAUCCCUGUGGGGUCCCCUGAGGGGCAUACCAGGCCCCCUCCCAUGGGAUCAUGACGUUGAUAUUGGCAUAGACGGAAAUGGCAAUUUUACUAAGAUACCCCUUAAAAAUUUCAAAGCGAAAUUUGAGGCUGCCGGUUUGGGACUUAUAGAUAAACUUCAAGAGAGUAGAUAUUUAUCAGUCAAAGGAUACGGCGAAAGUGUAGGAUUAUUUCUUUAUUAUAAUCAUCGAGGCACUAUGAUGCGAUCUGGCUAUGAGUCGUGGCUAUUUUACAUUCACUACAGAUUCCGCCAUAGUUUUCCCGCCAAACUUUUACAGCGCCCCCUGCCCAAGGUCAAAUUUGGCUCCUUUAACAUUUCUGUUCCAAGAGGGGGUAUAGAGAUAAUGAAGCAUUUAUACCCCACUAAUUGGUGGAAGGUGGUCAAGCCAAAGAGCUGUAAAGAUUAG